AUGUGUCUCAGUGUAAGGCCUCGGGGCUGUAAGACAUCCACAAAUCCCAGGCCCUUGUACCUGGUGACGGUGCUGGAAGGAUUUCUGACCUGUCCAGAGGAGGAACACAUGGUCUCUUUCCCGAGAGACACCACUGCUGUCCUUCCUUGCCUUUUUCGUCCUUCUCUGAGAUUCUCAGACCGGCUGUUGAGAGUCUCGUGGCAGAAGGAACAUGAAGUGGAAGAUUUAGUUGUUCACUUCCAGAAUGGGAAUGACACAGGAGACAAACAGAAUGAACUGUUCAAGGGACGAACUACGAUGUCCAAGAACUGGUUUGUCGAAGGAAACGCCACCCUGAAGUUAGAACAUGUGAGAAAGAAGGAUGCUGGGAAAUAUACUUGUUGGGUCACUGUGUAUCCGAUCCGGCCAGGGCUACAAUGUAAAUGUUGUGUAGUGGUGCUGGACAUUUCAGACCAACAGAACAUGAAGAUGACUAUUUCACCAGGGAAUGAUCACUCUCAUGCUGUGUGGGAGCGUGUCCUGGCUGCGUGUUUGUUCCUGCUCGUCGUGGUACUGUUCAUCUUUCUUCCCUAUUUCCUGUUCAGUAGACAGCACUCCGGUCCAUACGGGAGCCUGUGAGCCGCUCGCGCUGCUCACUCUACCCUGGUGCUUACAUCAUGAGGACUGAAAGAUGAUGGCGGCCCCUAUGGUGACACAAGCAAUCCAUGUGAUUCACUUACUCGCAGGGGACAGACUCAUUUUGUGAAAUACUUACGGCACAAUCUGCACUUUCCUCUUCCCUGGGUCCGAUCGGUGACGGUCGUUUGGACAUCCAGGAAUCUUGCUUCGGUUGGAUCACUAAUGAUGAACUGUGCCGCACCUUCUACCAAAUCCUAAAGCCUCACUCACAC